AAAGAAAAAAAAAAAAUGGAAUACCUCAUCCGCUUCGCACAGGUGCACGAGACGUUUCGACGGCCAGAGCUCGAGGCCUUGGCCACGGUUACAGGCGUUGAUCUCGAGAUCAUUCACUACAGUCAAUAUUCGCCAUACUGCCUGGUGAGGCUCCCAGAUGAGGCGGCAGCUCGGGCUCUGAUCUCGCGGUGUAUACUGGCCAAGGACAUCUACGAGCUCUGGGGCCAAGGGGCCAACUAUGAGGAAGUGUACGCCGACGUCCGCCGGCGGACACAGGCGCGAUGGGCUGAGUAUCGGGAUGUUUCGUUUCGGUUCGCCGUGGACUGCUUUGCGGGGAAACGCUCCCAGGCCGCCAAGACAGAUAUCAUUCAGUCGUUUUCGUUUCUUGGCUUUGAGGGUCCUAUCCGGAUGAAGGAUGUUGAUGAAGAAUUCGCCGUGCUGGAGGAGUAUGUCUCGGACGUCGAGGCAAAGGCCCCAACAGCGACAACCACCACCACUACGGAGCCGAGUCCCAUUCCUGUAGACGAGGGCCAAGAGCCCAAGAAGAUCUACUUUGGUCGGUGGGUGGCGCUGAGCGGUCGCCACGCGAUCAGCAAGUACGACCUCAAGAAGCGGCGAUACAUCAGCACGACGUCCAUGGACGCGGAGCUGAGCCUGGUCACGGCGAACAUGGCCCUAGCCGCGCCAGGAAAGGUCUUCUUCGACCCCUUCGUUGGCACGGGAAGUUUCUGCGUUGCGGCUGCUCACUUUGGCGCCCUGACGCUCGGCUCCGAUAUCGAUGGCCGCAGUUUUCGAGGUCGAGAUCCAGCUCCAGGAAAGCCCACAGGGGUGAUGCUCAACUUCGAGCAGUAUGGUUUGAAGAGCAAGUUCAUGGACACGUUUACCUCUGAUUUGACGCAUACGCCGCUGCUGAACCGUCCCAUCCUGGACGGGAUCAUUUGCGAUCCGCCCUACGGCGUGCGCGAGGGACUGCGAGUCCUAGGAACGCGUGACGGACGGCCUCGAGAGCCACGGUUCGUCGACGGUGUCCCAGCACACCAACUGCCGGGGUUCGUCGCACCACGGAAACCCUACGGCUUUGAAGCAAUGCUGAACGAUAUCCUCAACUUUGCCGCGCGCAGUCUCGUCACGGACGGGCGGUUAUCCAUGUGGAUGCCCACUGCCAGUGACGAAGACGGCGAGCUGGCCAUCCCAAAACAUCCGAAUCUUGAAGUGAUCAGCGUGAGCGUACAGUCGUUCGGCAAUUGGUCCCGCCGUCUGAUCACAUAUAAAAGACUCCCAGAGGGUUUCGUCUCAGACAUGACGGUUCGACGGCAGAAGGUUGACGACGAGGGCGUCAACGCAGAUGACUUGAAUGCAUUUAGAAGAAUGUACUUCACGAGGAAUAAAGGAGGUGAAAACUAG